AUGGAUUCGACUGGAAUGGGUUCUACUGAAAUUGGUGAAGCUAGUGAGGCACCUGAUGGCGAUGAAGCGGAAUUUUUGUUUAGGUAUUCCCCAGCAUCGUCCUAUGAAGAGGAGGAGGUAGGUGAUGAUUUUAGUACCCCCAAAAGGACAAUGGUAAGAACCGCAUUUGGGGAAGAGAAAGAAGUUCCCCAACUAAAGAUUGGCAUGGUUUUUCAUGAUUGGGAGGAGAUUGAAGAACAAUUUAAGGCGUACGGGAGGCAAAAGGGCUUUGCUGUAGUAAGACGAAGCGGUGCUUAUAGGUCUUAUAGUAGCCAGUCGAAGGAUGGUAGUAAAGAGUUAGUGAAACAAAAGCGUAAUGCAUUGUGGACUUGUGAGUGCUUUGGUCAGCCAGAUAGGAAGCGCAAGGAGAAGGCGAUUGUUCCCUUCGAUUCCCCACUCUAUGAAAUAGUUGGGAGUGGCAUACGGAAGUCUAAGAAAUGUCAAUGUCCCGUCCAUGUGUAUGCUAGUGUAAAUAAUUUAGGUCAGUGGGUGAUACGUAGAGCUGUAAUGGUACAUGAGAAUCAUCACCCAACCCCUUCCAAGUCCAGAACUAUUGCUUGUUUUCGUAAAGGGUUUAUAAAAGAGAAUCCUCAUGUAGUGUCACAAAUGAAGGUGUGUUCGAAAUCUGGGAUGUCAGUUGCCCAAACGUUUAACUUAAUGGCUACGCAACGGAAUGGCAAAGCUUUAAUGCCUUUCUCACAGAAGGAUAUUAAUGAUGUGGUUGCUAAAGAAAGAAAGGCAAGGAUGAAGGGGGGUGAUGCGAAUGCCAUGUAUGAGUAUUUUAAGAUGAUGAAAGAAGAUAAUCCAAAUUUGUACUUCAUAUAUAGGCAAGCGCCAGAUGGUCGAUUGCAGGAUGUGCUGUGGGUUGAUGCUCGUAGUAGAGCGGCAUAUGAGGAGUUUGGUGAUGUUGUAUGUUUUGAUACUACGUACUUGACGAAUCAGUACAAAAUGCCAUUCGCGAACUUUGUAGGCGUAAAUCAUCAUGGUCAAAGCAUAUUACUUGGGUGUGCCUUGGUAUCUCAUGAGAACUCUGAUACUUUUGAGUGGAUUUUUAGCCAUUGGUUGGAUUGUAUGGGAGGUAAAGCCCCGAUAGGGAUCUUAACUGAUGAAGAUGCCGCAAUGAGGAAGGCGUUGAAAGAAACCAUGAGUGGAACAUGUCAUAGGUGGUGCAUAUGGCACAUUCUUCAGAAGUUUAGUAAGAAGCUCGGAAAAGAAGAGGAGUACCCUGAAUUAAAGGUAGACUUGGAGCGUGCAAUAUACGAUAGUCUUGAUUGUGAUGAAUUUGAACUAAACUGGGCAACAGUUAUGGAGCGGUACCAAGUAAAGGAUGACUGGCUUGAAGGGUUGUAUGAGGAAAGGCACAUGUGGGUUCCCGCCUAUUUAAAACAUUUGUUUUGGGCUGGCAUGAAGACAACCCAACGAGUUGAAAGUAUAAACAGUUUCUUUGAUUUGUAUGUUAACAAUCAUACUCAUUUGUAUGAAUUUGCGGAGUCAUACUGUGAGGCAAUGGAGGGGAGGGCUAAUGCAGAAAAUAUGGCAGAUACUAGUAGUGCAAGAAAUCUACGGCAAAUUGUGACUGCAUUUUCUGCCGAGGAAGUGUAUCAGAAAUGCUAUACGGAUGCUAAGUUUCAUGAGGUUCAAAGAGAGUGUACUAGGGUAUUGUAUGUCCGAUGUUUGAAGAAGGAAAUGUUGAAUGAGUGUGUUGAGGAGUAUGAGCUUGGGGAUAGGGUGUGGAUAAAGCCGAAAAAUUCAAAGAAGGAAAUUGUUACUAGACAUAAGAUCAAGCAUAUGAUAUUUUUGUUUGAUCUAAAUAACAUUGAGGUGCCUGAAAAAUAUAUUCUUCGACGUUGGCGGAAAGAUGUUGAAAGGAAGCAUACCAAGGUGAGGGUAAUGUACCAUGACCCAUUGAAGACGGAAGCUGUGUGUAGGUACGAUAAGUUAAUGGUGAUGAUUAACCCCAUAUGCCAUAAGGCAUCUACUUACAAAGAGACGGUGGAUAUUGCAGUGGAGAUGUUCUAA